CGUUCACGUCUGGCGUACUUUGUGCGCGCGCCUCUCCUUCCAGUACCUAUCAGGCGCCCCUUCUACCCCGCUCCAUCCCUCGCCGCCAUUGCUCACAGGACGCUCAGAGUCCAGCUGUCAAGAGUUCAACGAUCCGAAAAUAGCCACUGCGCCCAGCAGUGGUUACCUGGGCACUCUGUGCCCUUUAUCCCUGUCCCGGUCCCUUCCCGGGGCCGAGGACCCAGCAGUAGGACUCAGUUUCCUUGAGCCUGCUGCCCGCAUCCCUCACUUCAUUGGCUUGCGGGAUCUCUCCGUUGCUCCUGCCCCUGGACGGAGUGGCAAGCCUUCCUACCCAGACACUUGUAAUCAGCCUGGUGUCGAAACAACUCCAAGGAUUUACUCUUCAAGCCCUGUCUUCUGUACGGCGAUCCUGCCUUCAAUUUGAGGCCCAGGUACCACAGCAAGCCAGUGCCCUAAGGACUCUCAGAGAGGCCCUGGAGAAGGCCCGGGCCCCUGCAGAGAGACCUCCAUACCCAGAGGUCAAAAAUGCCAUCUGAAAAGAAGUCCCAGCCCUCCGGGAUGAACUACUGCCGCAACUCCAUCUCCAGCUCCUCCAGCUCCGCAGGAGGCUUCCCGUGGGUAAAGAGGGGGAAGGGGCCAGCCUCAUCUGACUGCCAGCUGCCCCUCACUUCUUCAAAGGCAGUGACUGAGGUCAGCCCUCAGGCUGUCUCUCAGGGUCAGGCCCAGUCUGAAAAGGCAGCAGAUUCAGCACCUGGGGAGAAACUGGCCCCCAGGAGUGGCUCCCCGACAUCUCAGGCCUCUAGGCCUCAUAGACGAAAGUACCCUCUGCUGCGACGCAGGCGAGGGGAGCCUCUGAGGCUGCCAUCUCCCUUACAGCUGGGGUUCCGGGUCACCGCUGAAGACCUGGACCUGGAGAUAAAGGCCGAAAUCAUGUGCCUUAAUUGUGCACUGCAGGGUGAGGAAAAGUCCCUCUGGGAGUGCAGAGCCUCACUGCUGUCCCAUGCUUUGGGACUGGCAACAGGGACGUCUUCUCUGCCUGCUAUCUCUAAAGCAUCCAGCACAGAGGCACAGCAGGAGAGACGCAAGUCCCAAGAUGGCCUGGACCCGGUGGCCCUCCAAGCAUCUGCUGCAGGGUCCCCCUCUAGACCUCCUGUGUCUGGGAGGAACCGCAGGUCAGCAGGUUCUCUGUUAUCCUCCUCAGACACCCUUCCUGCGACCUCUGCACAUUCCCAGGACUCAGCCCAGGCCUCAUUGUCUGCUCCAACACAGCCAGACCAGGGCACCACAACACACUUAGCUGCAGGGGCUUCCUUACCCACCACUUCCACCUCGAGCCCCCGCACCAAAAGAAAGUCGACCUGGGCUGCAGACCUGGCUGGGAGCCUUCUUGACCCAUCUUCUGCCUCUCCGAGCACCACCCUGGCCAGACAGAGGGUGAGUGAUUUCACUGUACUACAGAAACUUGAUGCUAUCACUGCAGCCAUUACCCAGCCCAAUCCUGUGGUCAUUCAUGGACAGCAGCAAGGAACCCGCACCUUGAAGCGGUUUCAUCCAUAUUUCUGUCCAGCUGCUUCAGGUGCAGCCCAGGCCUCAUCUUCUGCUCCAACACAGCCAGCGCAGGGAACCACAGCACCCUCAGCUGCAGGGGUUACCUUACCCACCACUUCCACCUCGAGCCUGGCUGGGAGCCUUUCUAACCCAUCUUCUGCCUCUCACACCACCACCCUGGCCAGACAGAGGGUCAGUGAUUUCACUGUACUACAGAAACUUGAUGCUAUCGCUACAGCCAUCACCGAGCCCAAACCUGUGGUCCUUCAUGGACAGCAGCAGGGAACCUGCAACUUGAAGCAGCCUCAUCCAUCUUCCCAUCCAGCUGCUUCAGCUGCAGCCCAGGCCUCAUCUUCUGCUCCAACACAGCCAGCCCAGGGCACCCCGGCACUCUCAGCUGCAGGGGCUUCCUUACCCACCACUUUAACCUGGAGCCUGGCUGGGACACUUUCUAACCCAUCUUCUGCCUCUCUCAUCAACGCCCUGGCCAGACCGAGGGUCAGUGGUUGCACCUCACUAGGAAAACUUGCCGUUAUGGCUGCAGCCAUCACUCCGCCCAAACCUGCGGUCCAUCAUGGACAGCAGCAGGGAACCCGCGGUUUGAAGUGGGCUCGUCCCUAUUCAGAUCCAGCCGCUUUAUCCUUGAGUCCCCUCACCAAGAGAAAGUUGACCUGGGCUGCAGGCCUGGCUGGGACCCUUUCUAACCCAUCUUCUGCCUCUCUCAUCAACGCCCUGGCCAGACCGAGGGUCAGUGGUCGCACCUCACUACGGAAACUUGUCAUUAUGGCUGCAGCCAUCACUCAGCACAAACCUGCGGUCCUUCAUGGACAGCAGCAGGGAACCCGCGGCUUGAAGCCGCUUUAGCCUUGAGCCCCCCCACCAAGAGAAAGUUGGUGCCAGGCUAUCCCAGGCAAAUUCUAGGCCAGGCUAUCCAAGGCAAGGCAAGGCAAGGCUAUUCCAGGCAAGGCUAUUCCAGGUAAUGCCAGGCAAGGCAAGGCAAGGCAAGGGACAGCAAUGCAAUCCCAGGCAAGGCAAUACAAUCCCAGGAAAGGCAAUUACAGGAAAGGCAAUUUCAGGCAAGGCAAGGCAAGACAAGGCAGGGAAAGGAAAUUCAAGGCAAGGCAAUUUCAGGUAAAACAAGGCAAGGUAAUUCCAGGGCAGGUAACUCCAGGCAAGGCAAGGCAAGGAAAUUCCAGGCAAGGCAAGGCAAGGCUAUUCCAGGCAAAGCAAUUCCAGGCAAUGCAAGGCAAAAAAAGGCAAAAAAUUCCAGGCAAGGUAAGGCAAGGCAAGGCAAGUUCAAUCCAGGCAACUCAAGUUCAAUCCAGGCAACUCAAUUUCAGGCAAGGCAAGGCAAUUUCAGGGAAGGCAAUUUAAGGCAAGGCAAGGCAAUGCAAGGCAAGGAAAUUCCAGGUGAGGAAAGUCAAGGCAAGGCAAUUUGAAAUGAGGCAAUUUCAGUCAUGGCAAGGCAAGACAAGGAAAGUCAAGGCACGUCAAUUCCAGGCAAGGAAAAGCAAGGCAAUACAAGGCAAUUCCAGGCAAGCCAAUUCCAGGUAAGGCAAGGCAAUGCAAUCCCAGGCAAGGCAAGGCAAGACAAGGCAUGGAAAGAAAAUUAGAUGCUAGGCAAUUGUAGGUAAAACAAGGCAAGGUAAUUCCAUGGAAGGUAACUCCAGGCUAGGCAAGGCAAGGCAAUUCCAGACAAGACAAGGCAAGGCUAUUCCAGGCAAGGCAAUUUCAGGCAAUGCAAGCAAAGGAAAGGCUAAAAUUUCCAGGCAAGGCAAGGCAAGGUAGGGCAGGGCAGGGAAGGGCAGGGAAAGGUAAGGCAAGGCAAGGCAAAAGGCAAAAGGCAAAAAAAAAAAAAAAAAAAAAAAAAAGCAAAAGGCAAAAGGCAAAAGGCAAAAAAGGUAAAAAAGGCAAAAAAGGCAAAAGACAAAAGGCAAAAGGCAAAAGGCAAGGCAAGUCAAAAGGCAAAAGGCAAGGCAAGGCAAGUCCAAUCGAGGCAGCUCAAAUUCAGGCAAUGCAAGACAAAUUCCACGAAAGGCAAUGCAAGGCAAAGCAAGGCAAUGCAAUGCAAGGCAAUUCCAGGUGAGGAAAGUCAAGGCAUAGCAAUUUGAAAUGAGGCAAUUUCAGUCAUGGCAAGUCAAGGCAAGACAAUUCCAGGCAAGGCUAUUCCAGUAAAGUCAAGGCAGGGCAAUUCCAAGCAAGGAAAAGCAAGGCAAUGCAAGGCAAUUCCAGGUAAGGCAAAGCAAGGCAAUUCCAGGCAAGUCAAUUCGAGGCAAAGCAAUUCUAGGCAAUGCAAGGCAAGGCAAGAGAAGGCAAUGCCAGGCAAGGCAAGGCAAGGCAAGGCAAGGCAAGGCAAGGCAAGGCAAGGCAAGGCAAGGCAAGGCAAGGCAAGGCAAGGCAAGGCAAGGCAAUCCCAGGUGAGGCAAUGCAAUCCCAGGUGAGGCAAUUACAGGAAAGGCAAUCUCAGGCAAGGCAAGGCAAGACAAGGCAGGGAAAGAGAAUUCGAGGCAAGGCAAUUGAAGGUAAGGCAAGGCAAGGUAAUUCCAGGGAAGGUAACUCCAAGUAAGGCAAGGUAAGGCAAGGCAAUUCCAGGCAAGACAAGGCAAGGCUAUUCCAGGCAAUGCAAGGCAAGGCUAUUCCAGGCAAUGCAAGGCAAGGCAAAGGAAGGAAAGGAAAGGCAAAGCAAGGCAAUGCAAUCCCAGGCAAGGCAAUCACAGGAAAGGCAAUUUCAGGCAAGGCAAGGCAAGACACGGCAGGCAAAGGAAAUUCGAGGCAAGGCAAUUGCAGGUAAGGCAAGGCAAGGUAAUUUCAGGGAAGUUAACACCAGGCAAGGCAAGGCAAGGCAAGGCGAAUUAAGACAAGGCAAUUCCAGGAAAGACAAGGCAAGGAAAGGCAAAAAAAAAUCCAGGCAAGGCAAGGCAAGGCAGGGCAGGGCAGGGCAGGGCAAGGCAAGGCAACGCAAGGCAAGGCAAAACAAACAAGGAAAAAGGUAAGGCAAGGCAAUCCAGGCAAGGCAAGGCAAUCCAAGCCAAGGCAAUCCCAGGCAAGGCAAUCCCAAACAAGGCAAUCCCAGGCAAGGAAAGGCAAGGCAGGGCAGGUUGGGGCAGGGCGGGGCAGAGCAGGGUAAGGCAAGAUGGCAAGGCAAAAGGCAGCAAGGCUCAAGGCAGCAAGGCAAAAGGCGGCAAGGCAAAAGUCAUCAAGGCAAAAGGUGGCAAAAGGCGGCAAGGCAAAAGGUGGCAAAGGGCGGCAAGGCAAAAGAAGAAGAAGGCAGGCAAGAUGAAAGAGAGAAGAAGAAGGCACGCAAGGCAAAAGAAAGAAGAAGAAGGCAGGCGAGGCAAAAGAAAGAAGAAGGCAGGCAAGGCAAAAGAAAAAAGAAGAAGGCAGGCAAGGCAAAAGAAAGAGGAAGAAGGCAGGCAAGGCAAAAGAAGAAGAAGGCAGGCAAGGUGAAAGAAGAAGAAGGCAGGCAAGGCAAAAGAAAGAGGGCGAAGGCAGGCAAGGCAAAAGAAAGAAGAGGAAGGCAGGCAAGGCAAAAGAAAGAAGAGGAAGGCAGGCAAGGCAAAAGAAAAAAGAAGAAGGCAGGCAAGGCAAAAGAAAGAAGAAGAAGGCAGGCAAGGCAAAAGAAGAAGAAGGCAGGCAAGGUGAAAGAAGAAGAAGGCAGGCAAGGCAAAAGAAAGAAGAGGAAGGCACACAAGGCAAAAGAAAGAAGAGGAAGGCAGGCAAGGCAAAAGAAGAAGAAGGCAGGCAAGGCAAAGAAGAAGGGAGGCAAGGCAAAAGAAGAAGAUGGCAGGCAAGGCAAAGAAGAAGGGAGGCAAGGCAAAAGAAGAAGAAGGCAGGCAGGGCAAAAGAAGAAGAGGCAGGCAAGACAAAAGAAGAAGAAGAAGGCCUUUCCAUGAGUCAAGAGCAAGAAUUUCAUAUCUAUUGCUAAUUAAGUCAAUGAGCUUUCCAUUGGCACUGGUGAGGUCAAAACACCUGGAGUGGAGUAAGCACACUUCUAUUCUAAAGCUUGAAGAAUACAAACUAAGAUUAGCAACCUCAAGCAAUAGAUUGACAAAUUUCAAAAAGUUAAUUCAUAAUUAUUGCUAGUUAACUCAAAAUUUAAAAGUUUUACUUUAUAUUUUCUCUCUAUUACUUUUUGGAGCAGUAUAACUUGAAAAUGACAUUGGCAUGGUUAAUCUCAGGUGUCAGCUUGACUGGGUUGAGGAAUAGCUAGGAAAACAUUACUUGAGUGUGCCUGUGAGAGUGUUUCCGGAAGAGAUUGGCACCUGAAUCAGAAAACUGAGUAAGGAAGACCUGUUCUCACCAAUGUGAGCAGGCAUCAUCCAAUCUACUGCAGGCCUCGAUAGAACAAAAGGCAGAGAAAAAGUGAAUUUCCUCUCUCUUCUAGAGCUGUGACAUUCAUCUUCUCCUCUCCUUGGACAUCAGGACCCCUGGUUUUCAAGCCUUUGGAUUCAGACUGAUUUCCACCACCAGCUUCCCUGGGUCUCCAGCUUGUCAGUGCAUAUUGUGGGACGUCCUUGCCUCCAUAAUUGCAUGAGCCAAUUUCCAUAAUAUAUCUCAUCUUCUAUAUCUCUAUGGGUAUCCUAUUGGGUCUUUUUCUUUGGACAUUCCUAAUAUGAGCAUGCAUCAUCAUCUUGGUAGAAAAUAUAAUUUCUUCUCAUUUUAUCCUAGUGAUACUUAAAGAAAUUCAACAGUUCUAUGACAAAAUAUGACACAUAAAACCAAGGAAAGCUGAAACUGAUGGUGAUGGCUGAGUUAAUGACUAAGACAGGCAAAUAUGUGUGAGAAAACGUACCCAGAUAUAAAGGGUAAAAUAAAAUUAUAAACUCAGUGAUUAUUUACUGAGUACCUACUAGGUUCCACGUAAGUGAAUUUUGACUUUGGCCUUAGGAAAGUACCAUAUGAAGCUUGACUGAACAUAAUUGGACAUACAUUUUGCCAGAAAUACUAUGGAAUUAUAAAUGCAAUCAGUUACUAUGAAAAAUAAGAGGAGGAUAGCUAUUAAGGAGGUAAAAAUCUUUAGAAUUUGGAAGUGUCGUAUUAAGGGACGGAUAACUACAGACAAAUACAGGAUGAUUCUGGGAUGAGUCUGACAUUAUAGGAAAAAAGUAUCUGUUAUAAUGGGUGAAUGGGGGAUCAGGCACAGAUAAUCUGGGAAGAGUUUUGCUUGAUAAGCUACCUUGUUUAGACUGGUUUUUACUGGCUCAUCUGUGGAUAGAACAAUUUCCAUCAUAGGUUCUCUCAGAGACAGCAUGCAACAUAUGUCAGCUCCCACCAAGCAAGUCCUCUAUAAAAUGAAAAAGAGUGGUUCCUGGAUGACAGAUGUUACUGCUGAACCAGGGAAAAUAGUGAGGAGCUUUGAGGUGCUGAGCAGAUAACAGGUAUUAAUUCCAAGAUACACUGACACUACAUGGCAAAGCAAGCAGCAAUUUGUUUUUGGUGGCUGGACAGGAUUUCAGAAUGCUGACUUAAUAGAUGGAACAAGAUAAGACUAUUGUUACUAAACAGAUCAUCAAAAAAUCUGGAGAAGUAGCAUAUUUUUUUUUUCAUCUAAAUCUAUAUGGCAUGAUAGAGAUAAAUUCCCUUUUCAAAUUUCCAAUUUGGUUGGAAAUUACAUGGCAGACCAAGUUUAGUUGUAACAACGGAAGCCAGAACCCAGUGUGCUAAAGCACUCAUGUAGUUUCCGACACAGAUCAAGAGGUCAAUAAAUAUUGUUGAAUGAAUUUCUUUGUGUCCUUGUUUAAAAAGUUUAAGUUUCUAUUAACCUUAUUCUGCAAUUAUUUAUAUUCCCAUGUCACACUAUGCAAAUGUCCACAUUGCUUCAUAGUAAGCUUGAGCAUAAGGCUAGCUUUAUGGCUCAAGUUAAUACCAGGGCAAGUGGCUCCAGACGUUCAUUUGAAACAAUCUGGCUGCAUACCCGUAUGGCAUCAGUGUUGAGUGACCCUACCCAUUAAUAAAUUAUGAACCAAUCUUUAAAAAGAGACAUGUGAAUUCUUCAGUCUAAAGGAUAAGAAGUUUAAGUCAUAAAAUCUAUCUGAUACUACAAAUAAUGUUUUGGGCUUCCAUUUUUUAUCCAAGAACAUCUGCCAAAAAUCUUUUAAAUAAAAGACCUAUAAUUACUCUUGUUGUUCCCAACCGAUCCACCAAUUCUAGACAUAGCAUUUAUAUCACUUUUCAUUUUAAAGCAUACUUUUCUUUAAUGUAUAUGGAAUUUAAUUUUGUCAUUUGCUAUUGGAGAUAAGCCCCCUAAAGAAACACAGGUAAAUUUACAUUUUAUAAAAAUCUAAUCUUAACAUCUCCUCUGUCCACUUCCCACUAAUUAGUUUUUAAUUUUCCUAGAUUGUUUCUGCUAAUAUAAACUAAGCAAAAUUUUGCUCUUGUCUGUAGUUCAACCUUUUUUAUCUAGUUUACCUAGAGCUGCUUCAAAUAUCUCACAUGAGAAUUAAAUAAUUUCUUUUAUAAUUUGAAAAUACUUAAAUUUUUUUCUAACCUUCUGCCAAUUUUCACCACAUAUAUGUAGUUAUUUUCUUGAAUUGUUUACUAGGUUAAGAAUUCCAGACUCUAAUAAUUCCAGUCAUUUUUUCACCAAAUAAGUUACAUUAACUGGAUCUAUUAUUGACAUUAAUGAAUGCAUCCUAAGACACAUGUUUCCAUCUUAGCAGUUACAUCUUAUGGAACAUGAAAUAAACCAAAAGAGGAUGUUAAUAUUAUUGACUUGUAUGACUUUCUUAUUUUCCUCAAUUAAUCAAGGGACAAAGCCCUUCUUGUAUACUACAUUCUGACUCCCACUACCUUCUCAUCAGUACUUUGAUAAUUUAAUAGAAUAUUGUUAAGGAUCCUUCACAAGUUGUAGGUAGUAAGAUAAUCUGGCAAAUAAAUGUCUUGGCUGACAGCAAAAAAGAAAAAAAAAUUACUUAUAAUUUCCUGUUCCCAUGUAAAUUUAACUAGUUCCUUUAUUGAAGUUAUGUGUCUAUAUGGUCAGAGUAACUAUGUUUACCCAGAGGAGUCAAUUCAAUAAAAUAAACAACAUAAAUAAAACACCUUAUGUAGAAUGUUUUACUUUCUGGAAGAGGAUUGGUAAUCAAUGCAGACAAAAGUAUUCAUCCAAGAGGCUCAGCUGGAGAUAAGCUGUGGUGUUAGAUGGAGUUAUAUAGCUCAGAGCUUACAUAUAGAAACACUCACAAUGACUACUGCAUAAAUGGCUGAAUAGAUGAAUGAAGAAGAAUUGAACAAGUAUCAAGGAAAUCCUGCUAUCUCUAAACUAAGAAGCCCUGCUGUAUAAUUUUAUCUCGAGAAAUGUCUUUUCUGCUUCCCUGUAGAUUUAUUGAGAAUGUACAUCUUUUCUCUGUUUACUGAAUUGGUUAUGAUGCCUGCAUACCCAGGUGCAUCUUGGAAAUAUUUGCAUCUAUUUAUGAUAAAUAGAUUGGGAUGAAUCCAUUUUGACAAAGUACAAGUAAUUGGGCCAAUUCUCAGAGGUCUGGCAAUGUGGAAAGUAGGAAGAGGAAAUCUUUUCCAGCUUUCACAAUCUCUGGUCCUCUUGUCUCCAGUAUUUUCAUCUUACCUUCUUCACAUAAAGGUGUUGGGUUGGAAUGAUAUAAUAUAAUUAAGGGCAUAAAUAGGAUAUUACAAAUGAUCUUUUAUAAGAAUAUAGCUCUUAACACAAAUCCAUACCACAGACAGGAAAGCUUGAAAAUAUUUUACCAAAAACAAACAGAACACUGAGACUGAACUGACAGCCUAAAAUGAACCCCAAAGCCCUGCCUUCAGGUUAGGGACUUGAUUUGCAGUCUGAACCAAUGCAUUUUCUUUGCCAGAAUUCAAAUAAAAUUUCAAUUGACGACCCAAAGCUUAAACUAUUUUUCUGGAACUCCCUGCUUAUCAUUUUUUUUUCUUUCUGAACUAUGUUUGUUCUUUCUUCUUGAUUUCUUUUUUUUUAAAUUUUUUUAUUGCAUUUUAGGUUUUUGGGUACAUGUGCAGAACAUGCAAGACAGUUGCAUAGGUACAUACAUGGUAGUGUGUUUUGCUUCCUUUCUCCCCUUCACCCACAUUUGGCAUUUCUCCCAGGCUAUCCCUCCCCAGCUCCCCCCUCCCCCCGCUGGCCCUUCCCUUUUCCCCCCAAUAGACCCCAGUGUUUAGUACUCCCCUCCCUGUGUCCAUGUGUUCUCAUUUUUCAUCACCCACCUAUGAGUGAGAAUAUGCGAUAUUUCAUUUUCUGUUCUUGUGUCAGUUUGCUGAGAAUGAUGUUCUCCAGAUUCAUCCAUGUCCCAACAAAUGACAUGAACUCAUCAUUUCUGAUUGCUGCAUAAUAUUCCAUGGUGUAUAUGUGCCACAUUUUCCCAAUCCAGUCUAUCAUCAAUGGGCAUUUGGGUUGAUUCCAGGUCUUUGCUAUUGUAAACAGUGCUGCAAUGAACAUUCGUGUGCAUGUGUCCUUAUAGUAGAAUGAUUUAUAGUCCUUUGGAUAUAUACCCAGUAAUUGGAUUGCUGGGUCAAAUGGAAUUUCUAUUUCUAAGGCCUUGAAGAAUCACCACACUGUCUUCCACAAUGGUUGAACUAAUUUACACUCCCACCAACAGUGUAAAAGUGUUCCUUUUUCCUUAUUUAAACAUUGGUGUUUAAUUUUUUAGUGGGAGGAAAUAAACACUUGAACUCCAACUCCUCUGUGGAGAAAAGUGUGUAGAUUUUAAAGGGACCUGGUGUUGAGUAAUCUAAAUAAUCAUUAUCAUAAUCUCCAAUGUCAUCGUUAAUAUUGACUCACAAAAAUGAACUGAGACUACUAAGAUUCUUAUAUAAGCCAUCUUCUGAAAUCCUCCCAGAGCCGAACAGGUGAAUGCUGUUAUUGCCAUUUUAAGAUGAGAAAUAUGAGGUUCAAGGAAGUUGAAUACUUUUUGCAAAGCUUUGUGUUUUAUGAUGAUGUGGGUGCUGGUUGGGUCAGGAUUUAAACCUAGGCCAGCUGGGCAAGGAGGGAUACAUGUGGGAGCUCAGCUGAGCUGCAGAGAACUGAGCGGCCAGGUGUUGGAACAGUCAAUUAAAGCAACAAGUCAGAACAGUAUUACUCAAGUCCUUAAUAACUUACUGCAAUAAUAGAAGCAAGAGGCUAAAAAACAGAAGUAUCAAUUUCCUGCUGUUCCAUUUUUCCCCAUUGCACAGCACAAUUGUUGAGAGUCAGGUAGAUCAACUUACGUGGAGGUUGUCUCACCUUUUGUCUGAAAAAUUCUGAACAAAAGUACAGUUUUAUAGUCCCUGGGGCUGGUGCAGGACAAGGCAGGGGAAGAUGGGUUGGGAGAAGCUAGGAAUGGAAAAUUACUAAGUCAGAAUGGGGGAAAAGUGAUUUCAAGGUUUCCAUCUUCCCUUCCCUGUAAAGAGGUUUCAGCAGAAUGCUUGAAGACUGCCUUUGCCUAAGGCUUCAGAUGAACAAGCUUAGGAAUGCAGGCUCCUGGGCUAGGCCUGCCAGCAUGCCUAACAGUAUGGCUUGCCAGAGAGGCCUGCAUCCUUGACUGCAACUGUCCUUGGAGAAUCCACUGCAUUGGCUAUGAACUAAGUCUGAGGUGGGGCAGCUUUCCCCUGUGAGGCCUGUCAGGGUAGGGCUUGAAAAAUCACAUAGAGGUUUUUAGUGUGGGGCUGGAUUCCUCAGUAUGCAAACCUAAUCUAGAUAGAACAUCAACUACACUUAUUCUUGCCCCAUUUCUCAGUGAUUCUGAUAUGACUUAUUUUUCUUCAUAUUUGGAAAAUCUCUCCAUAAGUAUAACACUAUUAUGGGUAGAAUUAUGUUUUUUAGUGUGUUGUGUUGUGUUACAAAAAAAGAUUAAAUCACUAAUCUGGAUUUCUGAAUGAACAAAGUUGUGGUACUGAACCCCUAUCAAC